AUGUAUUUUGUUCAUUCAGAGAGUCCAAAGGCUGUUGUGAUCUUGCAGCCUGAUGAACAGACAUUCAGAGGAGAGACUGUCACUCUCAGAUGUCAAAUACAGGGAGAGAGAGACACUGAGUGGGAAUACAGCUGGCAUAAGAAGAGUUUUUCACUCAGUCCUGUCAGUGAAGAUCAGGAAUACACAAUCAGUCCUGUUAACGAGUCCCACAGUGGUGAAUACACCUGUAGAGGAAAACGCAGAAGAGACUCACAGAACUCUGAGAUCAGUGAUGCUGUAACACUGACAGUGUCAUCUGCUCUGUCUCCUCCAGCCUCUCUGAUCACCAGUACCAACACAACUCAACACUUUACAUCUGAUUCUCUCUCACUGAGCUGUGAGGUACAGAGUAACUCUAUUGGAUGGACAGUGAGACGAUACACAGAUAAUGGAGAGGUGCCAGACUGUUCAUCAGACUGGGGAUCAGUAACAGGAUCUACAUGUAGCAUCAGCUCCCUCCAGUCAUCAGACAGUGGAGUGUACUGGUGUCAGUCUGACUCUGGAGGGAACAGUAAUCCUCUCAACAUUACAGUGCCUGAUGGUGAUGUGAUCCUGGAGAGUCCUGUCCAUCCUGUUACUGAGGGAGAUACUUUUACUCUGCGCUGUAAAUAUCGAAACACCUCCUCAGACCUCAGAGCUGAUUUCUAUAAAGAUGGUUUAGUCCUCCAGAAUCAGACUACAGGAGAGAUGACCAUCCCUACCCUCUCAAAGUCAGAUGAGGGUCUGUAUUGGUGUAAACACCCAGAGAGAGGAGAGUCACCAAAGAGCUGGAUCACUGUCCCUGCCACAACUGCACAUGUUUAUGAUGGUGGAGAUGGACCAGGUGAUGUGACUUUUUCUCAGAUUGAGAUGAAAAACAUAAAAAUCAGAAAUAAAGAUAAGACCAACACACCACAGGAGGACACAGUUUCCUCAAUGCUGAACUCAAACACAACCACAGAUUCUGUAGCUGGACCCAGUAAUCUGACUUAUGCUCAGGUUGCAGUAACUUCAGUGAAAAACAAGAAGAAGAAGAGAAAAGGUGAGAGCAGCGCCAGCACAGGGACUGUCUACUCAGAGCUGAAAAGUGGCUGUCUCCCUGUCUGGAUCUGUUUUGGCUCUUCUCUGCCCUCUGGUGGCUGCAAGGACACCUACAGUGACUCUCCUAAUGAGACUGUCUGUUUGAAAAAGGUCACUAGCAAGAGGUUGGAAAACAGUCAGGUCCUCUGA